GAAAGCUGCCGGCUCUCGCGCGCUCCGCAAUCACUCCUCUCGCGCAGAAGAGUGCCGACCGUUGAAAGCUUCGCACCACUUUGGCUCCUCUUCCUCCCUCUCCGCACUGCGAUUCCACGAGCUUUACAUCCAUCGCCCCUCGCGGACACUACAACACCUGGACAGAGAGCGUUCGUCGUGGGGCACGCGCCGACGUGGGUUUUUGAGGUGGCUCGUGCAGACGACAAAUGCACGAGACCUUCCUCCAGUGCCCCCAGACCCGGUGGGGAGGGAGACACGCAGAGCAGCGAUGAUGGGACAGUUUACGGGAGGAUGCUACCUGACUUUUGGCAUCCUCGUGCUUCUCGGCUCGCGAGUCCCGGCUACGCUAGCACGAGGUCCUCGAGGUGAAGCCCUGCAGCAUGGCCAGUCUGGGACGCUGCCACACUUCCUGGAAGAACCCGUCGAUGCUUACAUCGUCAAGAGCAAUCCCAUCAAGCUCCGGUGUCAGGCUCGGCCGGCUCUUCAGAUCUUCUUCAAGUGUAACGGGGAAUGGGUCCACCAGAGCCAGCACAUGUCACAGGAGCACACCGACCUGGGGACGGGGCUGAAGAUCCGCGAGGUGAUGAUCAACGUCUCCCGUCAGCAGGUGGAGGACUUUCACGGCCCUGAGGAUUACUGGUGCCUGUGUGUCGCCUGGAGCCACCUGGGAACGUCCAAGAGCCGCAAGGCAACCGUGCGGAUCGCCUACCUGAGGAAGAACUUUGAACAAGACCCUCAAGGCACCGAGGUUCCUCUGAACGGCAUGAUUGUGCUGCACUGCCGGCCCCCAGAGGGAGUACCUGUGGCUGAGGUGGAAUGGCUGAAAAAUGAAGAACCUCUAAGUUCAGACGGCGUCAUUGAUACGCGAGGCGACCAUAAUCUCAUCAUCUCGGAGGCUCGUCUCUCUGAUUCUGGGAACUACACCUGUGUCGCCAGCAACAUCGUGGCGAAGAGACGCAGUGCAACAGCGACUGUCGUUGUCUAUGUGAAUGGAGGCUGGUCAUCGUGGACAGACUGGUCUCCUUGUAACGUUCGCUGCGGUCGUGGUGUCCAGAAACGUUCCCGCACCUGCACAAAUCCAGCCCCUCUCAACGGGGGAGCCUUCUGCGAGGGCAUGUCGGUGCAGAAGAGCACCUGCAACACGCUGUGUCCAGUGGACGGCGGGUGGGGGGAGUGGACGGAGUGGUCUGCGUGCAGCUCGGAUUGCGAGAGGCAGCGCAGCAGGGAGUGCACGGCUCCGGAGCCCAAACACGGAGGACGGCUGUGCGACGGCGUGGCGCUGGCUACGGAGAACUGCACCGGCGGCCUCUGCACACAGAAUCGAAAGCUGCUUCAUGAUGCAAAGCCACAGGGUGUGGAGAGCAGCAGCGAUGUGGCCUUGUAUUUAGGCCUGGCCGCAGGCGUGGUGACCGUGGUGCUUCUGAUCGUCGCAGUCACUCUGUAUCGAAGGAGCCAGAGCGAGUACGGCGUCGAUGUCAUUGACUCGUCUGCCCUCACCGGAGGCUUCCAGUCCUUCAGCUUCAAGACCUCACGUCAAGCCAACCCGCUGCUCAUUAAUUCAUCCAUGCAACCUGAUCUGACAGUGUCACGCACCUACACCAGCCCCAUGUGUUUCCAGGACUCCAUCGACAAGGAGCUGAUGGCCGAGCGCUCGCUCCUUGACCCGCUGCCUGAUCUCAAAGGGGUGUCAGAGAGGGCAGAGUACCAUGUCAUGUCCCACCCUCAGACGUUUCCGAGGGGCCUGGCUCCGGACUACAAAGGGGUCGCAGUGGGGACGACGCUGGGCCGAAGAGGAAAAAACCUCUUCACUCCGCAGGUCUCCUUGACUCACAGCAGACCUCUGCACAAAGCUACCGCCGUGUUUGGUCAUGCUGGAGGGAGGCUCGUUGUACCUAACACAGGUAUCAGUCUGCUGGUGCCUCACGGGGGGAUCGCAGAAGACACUACGUGGGAAAUGUACAUGAUCAUCAACCAGGAGGACAGCAGCGCCGUGUCCGAGGAUGCUCCAGAGAUAUUUCUUAGCCCUGCCGUCACGUACGGCCCGCCCGGCCUCGACCUGUCCUGUCCCAUAGCCAUGACCAUUGCCCAUUGUGCCGAGGUUGCCCCUGAAAACUGGACCAUCCGGCUAAAGAGACAACUGCAGGACAACAAAUGGGAGGAAGUGAUGUCAGUGGAUGAGGAGAGCACGUCCUGCUACUGUCUACUGGAGGCCCAGAGGUGCCACGUGCUGCUGGAGCAGCCGGGUCGCUACGCCCUGGUGGGGGAGCCGCUGAACCAGGAGGCAGCCAAGCGUCUGAGGCUGGCUGUGUUUGGUAGUCCAGAUAACAGCAACUCUCUGGGCUUCACCCUCAGGGUCUACUGUGUGGACGACACGCCGCAUGCAUUUCAGGAGGUUGCAGUGGGUGAGCGCAGCAGGGGCGGGCGGCUGCUGGAGGAGCCCAAAAUGAUGCUGUUCCGGGGAAACACUUUCAGCCUCCAGGUGUCCAUCCAGGACGUCCCACAGUUACUCUGGAGCAUCAAGCCUUUCACCACCUGCCAGGAGUUCUCCUUUUCUCAGGUGUGGGCCAGUAACCAGCGUCCCCUGCAGUGUGCCUUCUCUCUGGAGCGCUACAGCCACUCCUCGUCGCAGCUCUCCUGCAAGAUCAGCGUCCGGCAGGUCAAAGGCGAGGAGCAGAUCCUCCAGGUCUACACGUCUGUAGUGGAGAAUGAAAAGGGAGUGGUGCCCUUUUUCACGCAGUCAGACUGCACCAUCACCUCUCAGACAGGGUCAAGGGCCUUUAAAAUCCCCCUGUCCAUCCGUCAGCGGAUCAGCGCCACCUUUGACACCGCUAAUGCCAAGGGGAAGGACUGGCAGCUCUUGGCUCAAAAGCUGCACAUUGACAGGAACCUGAGCUACUUCGCCUGUCAGGAGAGCCCGUCAUCAGUGAUCCUGAGUCUGUGGGAAGUCCAGCACCAGGACUCGGGGGACCUGGACUCUCUUGCCAGUGCCCUUGAAGAAAUCAGCAGGGUCCAGUCCCCGCGGACGGACACUUUGGGCUGCGGCAGAGAAGAGCGGGACUCUGAGUUUGCUAAACUUGGGUAAGGUCAGGUCUGCAGCAGAUCAGAUAGAGACGAACCUUUACUGCAUGAACACUGAGGAUUGGGUGUACUAGCUUAUCGACAACACGGAGGGGAACAUUAUGGACUGUUAUUGAAGGGACGCCUCUGCUAAUCCAGGAGACAGAGAGUAGGAAGAGUUGGGAACAAAUGUCGAAGGACUAAAAUGUUUGUGUUGCUGUGAGAGAACAUUUUAGAGCGACAUGUAAGUAUCCCACACUCGUCUUUGAUUGGGAAAUGUCAACUCCUGACAUGAGGAUUAAGGAAUUUCUGCGUGAAGAGGACUCAGCGUGGUUUUCAGACGGACUGCCAAUCUAGCUGGUGUUGCGACCUUCCCGGGAUCGGAUGCGCCGACACUUGCCCUCAAACAGUCAUCUGGGCUGUCAAAAUGUUUAGUGUAACGUCACUAUGUUGUCAUUCAUUUUCCAGAUCUCCUAAUGCUUCUUUUUUCUUUUUUCUGCACCGUGUCUCUGAUAUUGCUGCUGGAGAUAGACAAGCAAACUGAAAGUGAGGAAUGUUGGAUAUUAACUUUGUAAGAGUGUCAUUUCUGUACUUUGUGAUCAGUGACAACGAUUGUUCACUCUGAUAAGCAUUUAGAAAGAUCUGAUGAUGUCUACCUGCUAAAACACUGUGUUCAGACCAAAAGUGAGGCAAAUGUUCUGUGAAAAUAGACCAGAAGUUCUGACUGAUAACAUGGAUGAUGCAAAUUUACAACGACCAAGAAAUAUCUGCAUUAUAUUUCCUCAAUUUGGGCAAGAAAUCUGCUUGACGCUGUGCUGCGAAAGCCUAUCAACUUCACAUUCACCUCACAUCUAAAUCGGUCUAUCCAUUCGAAAAGCUGUUUGCUUGUUGUCUUGUGUACAGACUUGGCAAAGCAAAAGCUUUUACUUUUAACAGAUCUGCGUAACCAUUAAAGAGGUUCAGCAUCCCUUCGUUCCAUAUAAUACUGCCAAAGCAGCAAAAGCAGUAUAUUUUGGGUUCAAACUGCAGUUGUGAGCUGGAUAUCAGCCAAUGGCUAGAUAAGGUGAAAUCGUCACUCAGCUGAGACAGAUGAACAGCCGCUCUGAAGCAGAAAUGGAGUGAUGGAAGUUGGUGUCCAUUAAAGAUAGUCCAGGACCAGACUAGAGAGAGCUGGAAGAGUUAGUGAAGUUUAGUUGGACACAGAUCUGCAAAAGAGGGUUGAAAUUUUCUGAGCUGUAUGCAUCCCUUGUAUUGAUAAUUCUCAAGACAGUUUGGUUUUUGCUACACAUCAUUAAGACUGAAUACAUUCAUAGUGAUUGUUUAAACAUGAAAAACUGAUGCUGUGGAUAAGGGGAAGGGCAGGGUUAAGGUUAGGUUUAGUGUUAGAUGUGGGGAACGCUUUAACCUGACAUAUGGCAUAUGUUUCACAUCCAAAUGGACAUGGAUGGUGUUUGGAAAAGGAAGAGCCUUUAAAAAAAAGCUUGGAGGCCAGCUUAAUAGGCAGCCAAUACACAAGUCUUCACUAUCACUCUCUGGAGCCAGUUGGUAAAUGAAACUCUUGCCAAAGCCAGUUGGGGAAAAACUGCCAAGAAAAGCUUUUAAAGUGAUUCUUCUCUCUUCUUUUAAUAAAGAAAUGUCAAGUUCUAUAAAAUUGCUGCUAUAGCUGCAUCCAGCUAAUCUCUUCACUGGCUGCCCUUGUUUUCAUUGUAGCUACUGCCUCUUUCUCUUCAUGUAACGCUUAUUGGUCCAGUCAUUCUUUGACCAGGAAAAGGGUCUCAGCCUGAAAUUUUGCAAAAGAAUCUGGCCAAUCCAUCUGCUUUGAAAUGUUGGGUAGCCUUAUUGAGCUGUGUGCAUCUUCUGAGGGUAAUAUAGACUUGAAAUAUUAUCCAAACACUUUAUAUUUAAGAUUAAGUAUUUGUGAUUUCAUCUAACCAAGUCAACAUAACUGAUCCAACAGAUUAGGGUUAGAAUGAUCAGGGGUAGGGAUAGUUAUUGGAUAGGCCAGUCAUACUCAGUGCGUGGCUCUUGAGCCACAUGUGGCUCUUUUGUGAUGAUUUGUGGCUCAUGACCUCAGAAAUGAUCCAUUAAAAGUCACAUUAAUCAGUUUGAAUCCCCUCAUUUAUGCGGUUGGCUUUAAUUUACAACCUUUAUUUUUUUGUCUGUAUAUUUCCAUAGUCCUUAUUUAGAUUUUUUUUUCUUUUUUUGCCACUUUUAAUCCAGUUUUUACUGCUUCAAGCUCACUUUUGCCAUUU